CAAGAUAGUUAGCAAAACCACAUCGCAUUUUCUGUAAGGAAAACUGUCUCAGCUCGCAUCGCUCUCUGGUUCUGUCUCUGGUCUUCCAUGUUUUGAUUGAAGCUCUUACAGCGCGACGAAACACCAAUACAACCGCAACCCACAGUCUCUUAUUCCCUCUACAUAGCAGCAACAGAAAAGCCAUUGCAAUCCACCUCCCACUCCCCUCGAUUUCCCAGCUCUCAUUCUCAGUCCGGUUACUUCUUUAAUAACCGACCUGUUUUUACCGACUUGGACAGCAAAAUAUCCUAAAUUUUUACACUCCCUUGAGUAAUUACAACAAAAUUCACAAGAAUAAUAGCGUGAAUGAUAAUUUAUUAGUUAUUAACGCAGAGAGCGAAAGCAAUCAAAGAGAAGCGCUUUUACUUGCAUCCAUCACCGGCAACUACACCGAGAGAAGCGGAGCCGAAGUUGCUGCCGCUCUUUUCUGUCACGUUCCCUGUAGUGUCAGGUUCUGCAAAUCCUUCAUCUCGAACAAAAGCCUCUUUUAUUUUAAUUUUUUUUCCCUGUAAGAUUUUUAUUAACGGCAUUGAUGGCGGUGAUGGUGGAAAUGGUGAUAAGUGAGAGAGGAAAACAUAAUCUUGUAAUUUGAAGUGUUGCAAUGAAACGAUGUUUGCUUCAAUUGUAUAAUUAUCUCUUGUUUAGUUUUCUGUUUUUAUAUUUGUUGGAAUUUUUCUUCUUUGAAGUGUUUGGUUGCUGGGAAAGUUGAGGAAGCCAGAGAGAUAGAAAAACUAGGGACGUACUGACUGGGAGCGAGAGAGACAGAUAGAGCAAGCAAAUAUGGCAGAGGGGAGACAGGGCGAUGCGAGCUGAGAGACAUUGGGGAAGAACAGGGAUUGGGAUUUUUCCUUACUGCGAAUACGGCAACGUUUUGAUUGCUAAUUAAUUGAACCCGGCUCAAGUUAACUUGGCUUCAACUGUGAGCCGCUUUGAAUCAUUUUUGCCUCUUUCUUCUUUCACUUUUACGGUCCUGCCACUAGCCUAUGUGUCGCCCCUAUUGGCUCAUUCUACAGUUGACGUGGCAUCAGCCUCCCUUCACUUGUUCCGAAACAGAUAAUUUGGUUCCAGUGUUGCUGCGGAUGAUUUUUGGUUGCUCUACGGUGGUCUCAACUUUACCCUCAACAACAAGAGGUUCUGGAAACGAAAACGAAAUUUUUCUCUCUGCUCUCUUUCUAUUCUCUUGUUGUAUUUGAUUGAGGCGGCCGUAGAACUGUUUGGUUUCUGAAUUGGAGUAAUUAAUUGACAACAUGGCUUCCAUAUUGUUCAGAAACAUUCAGACCAGUUCUUUAUUGUUAUACCCUACUACAUUUUUUAGAAGAAAGAAUGGUGUGUUCUACUGCACAAUGAAAAGCACUACACAGAGCCAGACAGCCACUCGGGAAAAAAAGCACAGUAAGCAAAUCAAAGUUUCACCUGAAACACAGUCCAAAACACUUGAUAAACUCACAAAAGACUAUGAAGCAAUCAUCGGUAUAGAAACCCAUGUCCAACUCUCUACUUUAACCAAGGCCUUUUGCAGCUGCCCAUACAACUAUGGAGCACAACCAAACUCCAGUAUCUGUCCCAUUUGCAUGGGCUUGCCUGGUGCUUUACCGGUUUUGAACUCUAAAGUUAUUGAAUUUGCUGUGAAAUUAGGCCUUGCACUUAACUGCAAGCUGUCACUGAACUCAAAAUUCGAUAGAAAACAGUACUUUUACCCUGAUCUUCCAAAAGGAUACCAAAUAUCACAGUUUGAUAUACCAAUUGGAACUGGUGGUUACAUUGAUUUGGAUCUCCCUAUGGAAUUUGGUGGUGGGCAUAGGAGGUUUGGCAUUACCAGGCUUCACAUGGAAGAGGAUGCAGGGAAGCUACUUCAUUCAGGAAAUGGAAGUUUCUCACAGGUUGAUCUGAAUAGGGCUGGGGUACCAUUGCUUGAAAUUGUUUCUGAACCUGAUAUGAGAAAUGGUAUUGAAGCUGCAGAAUAUGCUGCAGAACUACAGAGGAUGGUGAGGUAUUUAGGCGUGAGCAAUGGCAAUAUGCAAGAAGGUUCUCUUCGAUGUGACGUGAAUGUCUCAAUUCGACCAAUCGGGCAAUCAGAGUUUGGUACAAAGGUUGAGAUAAAGAAUUUAAACUCAUUUUCAUCAAUUAAUAGGGCCAUUGAUUUUGAGAUAUCAAGGCAAGUGCUUCUCCACAGUCAAGGCCAAGUUGAUUCAAUUGUCCAAGAAACUCGUCUUUGGGAAGAAGGCGCUCAGAAAACAGUUUCAAUGAGGAAAAAGGAGGGGCUUUCUGAUUAUCGAUAUUUCCCAGAACCAGACCUUCCAGAAGUUAUUUUCACAAAAGAAUAUGUUGAUAGCAUUAAAAAUUCUUUGCCAGAUCUCCCAGAAAUUAAGCGUCGGAGGUAUGAGAACAUGGGCCUAGGCAUGCAGGAUGUCCUUUUCCUUGCAAAUGACAUGAGUAUUGCAGAAUUUUUUGAUGCAACCAUAGCUAAGGGUGCUGAUGUGAAGCUGGCUGCAAAUUGGAUAAUGGGUGAUAUUGCUGCCUAUAUGAAAAAUGAAAAGGUGUCUAUAAAUGAAAUCAAACUUACCCCUCAAGAGCUAGCUGAGCUGAUUGCUUCAAUUAAAGGUGGGACUAUUAGUGGGAAGAUUGGGAAAGAGAUAUUGUUUGAGCUCAUUGCCAAUGGUGGAACUGUUAAGGGAUUGAUAAAAGAAAAGGAUCUUGUUCAGAUUGUAGAUCCUGCUGAGAUUGAGAAAAUGGUGGAUAAAGUGCUGUCUGAGAAUCCGAAGCAGUUGGAGCUAUAUCGUGCUGGAAAAAGUAAGAUACAAGGGUUUUUUGCAGGCCAGGUUAUGAAAAUAUCAAAAGGCAAGGCAAAUCCAGGGCUUCUAAACAAGAUCCUCCUUGAGAAAUUAAAUGCCAAAAGCUGAAAGUUUGCGACUGGAGACACAAUAUUCUUGACCUGCAAAUAGGUACCAGAUGCUGAUCCAUGAUUUCCAACGCUCAAUCUAAAAGGUUUAGCUUGGAAGCAUUACCUUACGGACCAACAGACAGCAGCAAAUUUAGAUCCAACUUAGCGCAAAAUGGAGAACAAAUUUGGAAAUUGAGAGUUUCUUGUUGGUAAUAUUACCAUGGAUAUUAAGGAUUUGGCAUGUGCUUGUAAUUUCAGUUAUCUUGCAUCAUGAGUUGAGUAGAGUUGCAACUACUUCUUAUGCACUGAAAUGAAGGUUUAGACGUAUCAAAUUUGUAACUUUUUCCCCUCAUUAUUUUAUCAACUUUUGAUGAUUUACCGUUGCCUUUGACAA